AUGUACGCCUCCAGCACAGCCUCCAUCAGAUACCAAUCCCUACCCUCCUCCGCAGGGAGCCGGGACUGCCGGUUACCCUCCUCAGCCAACAGCACCUGCCUACCCACCCCCAUCGGCAUCAAGUGCUCCAGCCUACCCGCCCCCAUCGGCACACAGCCUCCAUCAGAUACCAAUCCCUACCCUCCUCCGCAGGGAGCCGGGACUGCCGGUUACCCUCCUCAGCCAACAGCACCUGCCUACCCACCCCCAUCGGCAUCAAGUGCUCCAGCCUACCCGCCCCCAUCGGCAGCAAGUGCUCCAGCCUACCCGCCCCCAUCGGCAGCUAGUGCUCCAGCCUAUCCGCCCCCAUCAGCAGCAAGUGCUCCAGCCUACCCACCCCCAUCUACAGGAGAUGCAUCGGCCUAUCCUCCCCAACAACCUUAUGAUGCAUCAGCUGCAUACCCCCCAAGCAAUAAUACUCCCGUGGGAGACCUUCCCCCUCCGCCUUCUUAUGAAGACAUCGUCAAGCAGUAA